AAAUGAUAGAUUUUUUCCUCUCUGACUAACUGCUUUGUGAUCGGCCUUAAUCGGUCUGCAUCUCGGCAAACCUGAGUACGCAACCACUACGCUCACACAGGAAAGGCUGGACUGAACUGCACACAUAGGACAAAUAAUACUCUGCUGUUACUUGUUGUAUGACCUUAUGGCUUGCGUGUAAGGUCGUUGCAGUCCUUGCGGAUCGAUUGCAUUGAGACUCAGGACUCAACAGUUUCCGGGGCCACGCCGGCGGCGGCGUGGUGGGCCUCAAUUGAUCUGAAUAAAGAUGGCAGGCCGUGGAAGGGCCGCCACAUUGCCAGCAUGGAUGACUAGUGGAUCAGCUGCUCCGGCUCCAGGCGCGCCUGCGCCUGCGCCUGGACCGGGUCCUACGUCUGGGCCUUCGGCGCCCGGCGUGCCCUCAUUUCUCCAGCCGCAGGGCGCCCAGCCACACCAGGCUUUCCUACCGAACCCCAUUCCACCCCUACAGGCCACAGCCCCGGGCAACAGCCUUUCCCAUCUCGCGCCCCCGGGUGGCGCUCCUCCAGGAGGGUCCGGCGCAGCAGCACCCACCGCACCACCACCAGGGGGCCACCAUCCGCCUCUAGGCCAGCACCAGCACCCCCCACCAACCGGAGGACCUCCCCCUCAGGGCGGCCAGCCGCCCGCAGUGGGCGGACUGCCUCCACCCGUGGGCAUGCCGCCCGGCAUGCAGCCGCCGCCGCAAGGGUCCGCACCGGGGGGAGCCCCACAGGCGGGCAGUGUCGCCCCGGGCGGCAUGGCCCCGCCCGGCACCUCGGCGCCACCCCCGGGGAUGCUGCCGCCGCCGCCUGGGGCGCCGCAGCCGGGGAUGCUGCCACGUCCUCCGCUGGGGGCGCUGGGGAUGCCGCCGCCGGGGCACUUCCCCGGGAUGCCUGGAGCGCCGCCACCGGGGAUGGGGUAUCCACCGCCGGGGAGCCACAUGGGGCCGCCACCGGGCAUGAUGCCGCCGCCGUACGGCAUGCCGCCAGGUGCUCCGCCGCCGAUGGGCCUGCCGCCCCCCGGCUGGCAGCCGGGCAUGGGCCCACCUCCUGGCUACCCCCCGCGACCCAUGCCAGGGUUCCCACCCGGCAUGCCGCCGCCAGGGAUGCUUCCCCCAGGCAUGCCGCAUGGCAUGCCGGGACUGCCACCACCUCCCAUGGCGGGAUCCCUUCAGCCCCCGCUGUCUGGGGCUCCCCCAGGCGCCCAGCCUCAGCAGCAGCAGCAGCAGCCCCCUCAAGCGCAGCAACAGGCGCAACAACAGCAGCAGCAGCCACCCCAGCAGCAGACCUCGGCACCUAGCGGGGGACCUGCUGCGUCCUCCUCAGGGGCCGCCUCCACGCAGGGACCACCCGGAGCAGCAGCAGCAGGAGGAGGAGCACCAUCCCCAACUGCCGCCGCUGGCAGCGGCGGCGGCGGCGCUGCCGCUCCCAAGGAUUGGAGCGAGCACACCGCACCCGAUGGCCGCAAGUACUACUACAACUCGCGCACCAAGCAGUCCAGCUGGGAGAAGCCGGAGGAGCUGAAGAGCCCACAGGAGCGGGCGGACGCCACGGGUUGGAAAGAGUACACCAGCCCUGAUGGCCGCAAGUACUACUACAACAAAAACACCAAGGAGAGCCGCUGGACGAUGCCGGAGGAGCUGAAGGCUGCGCUGGCGGCAACGGGAGGAGCAGCAGCAGGAGGAGGAGCAGCGGCGGCGGGAGCAGCUGCCCCCAAGCCAACGACGGUGCAGGUGGUGUCGCUUGCGGCGUCGACGGCGGCGGCGGCGCCUGACGGCGCCGCCGCCCGCGGGCCGAAGUCUGAGGGAGCCGUUGACGCCGGGGCAGCGGCAACCGGAGCGGCGGGGGCAGGGGGAGCCAGCAGUCGGGCAUCGCCGUCGCAGCAGCAGCAGCAGGGUGACGGUGCCUCGCAGUCGGCUGCGUCCGCUGACCCCAAAAACUACAACUUUGCUACCAAGGAGGAGGCCAAGGACGCGUUCAAGGAGCUGCUGGCCAGUGUGGGCUGCCGCAGCGACUGGACCUGGGAGCAGGCCAUGCGGCUCAUCGUGAACGACCCCCGCUACUCGGCCCUCAAGCUGCUCAGCGAGCGCAAGUCCGCAUUCAACGAGUACGUGCAGGCGCGGCGCAACGAGGAGAAGGAGGAGGAGCGGCGGCGGCAGCGGCAGGCGCGGGAGGACUUCCUAACCAUGCUGGCCUCAUCGGAUGAACUCAAAGUGACCCACCCCUUCCGGCGGGCCAAGGAGCUGUUUGACGACGAUCCGCGCUGGAAGGCGGUUUCGGAGCGCGAGCGUGAGGAGCUGUUCCAUGAGGCGCAGCGGGAGCGGGACAAGCGGGAAAAGGAGGAGCGGCGGCAGGAGCGCAAGCGGCGCUGCGUCGCGUUCCGGGAGCUGCUUGAGAGCUCGGGGGUGAAGGCGGGAGCGGAGUGGCGCAAGGUGUCCAAGCGGUUGGAGGGCGAGGAGGAGUACGAGGCGCUGGACAAGGUGGAGCGGCUGGAGGUGUUCCAGGAGUACAUGAAGGAUCUGGAGCGGCGCGAGAAGGAGGAGAAGGAGCGCGAAAAAGAGGAGCGCAAGCGGCAGGAGCGCAAGGCUCGGGACGCGUUCAAGGAGCUGCUGCGCCGCCACAGGGACGAGGGUUUAAUCGGUGUUCGCAGCCGGUGGAAGGAGUACAGCGAGCACGUGGUGGCGGAGGCGGCAUACCGUGCGGUGGAGGGCAACUCCUCGGGCAGCAAACCCAAGGAGCUGUUCGAGGACUUGGUUGAGGAAAUGGAGCAGGAGUACGACAAAGCCAAGGACUUCCUGAAGGGCCUGCUCAAGGAGGCUAGCUUCUCCGUCGUACCAACCACCACGUACGAGCAGUACGAGGAGGCGCUGACGUCAGCGGCCUCCGCGGCGGCAGAGGAUGCAGGCGACGUCGGUGGCAAGCUGGCAGCCCUGCUGCCCACGUACAAGCGCACCUACUUUGAGGAGGCGGUGGCCAAGGCGCGUGCUCGUGAGGCGGAGGAGGCGGACCGGCGGCGACGCGCACGAGACAAGCUGGCGUCGUACAUGCGGCACUGUCGGCCCGCAGUACGGGAGGACUCGGUGUGGGAGGAGUGGCUGCGGGAACAUGAGCGCGAGCCAGAAGUGAAGGCGGUGCCCCUGGAGGAAGCCCGCGUGCUGUUUGACGAGCAGAUUGCCAAGCUGCGGCGCAAAGCGGAGGCGGCGGAGGAUGAAGACAGCGACGGGGGCGGCGGCCGCAGCCGGCGUCGUGGCAGCCGCAGCGAUGAGGAGGAGGAGGGCGGCGGCCGCAGCAGCAAGAAGUCCCGCAAGGAGAAGAAGAGCUCCAAAAGGCACGAUCGCAGCGAUGACGAGGACGACCACAAGUCCAAGAAGCACAAGAAGGACAAGGACAGGGAACGCGAGCGGGAGAAGGACAAGGAGAGGAGUCGCGGCCGCGAGCGGGAGCGGGAGCGGGGCAGUCGGGAGCGGGAACGGGAACGCAGCGCUGGCAGGGCGGCUGAGUCGGACCGGGACAGCGGGGAAAUCCGGGAGGACGGGCAUUGAGGGGGGCAUGACGCCUCGUCAUGCGGACGCUUGCUGAUUGCAUGCAUGCAUGCAUGCAUGUAUGCGGCAGGGUCUUCCGAUGGCCACGGGUGCGAGGUGGAGAGGCGAGGCGUGUGGGGUCCGCAACAGCAGCAGGAUGCAUAUCUUGAGUGUCUCGAGGGCUUUCGCCGAUUGGGAGGGGCUCUCCUUCUGAUGCGGAUGAUGAGGAGGGUAGCUGUUGAUGUGGGACAAGUGGCAGCGGAGGCGCGUUGAGCCGUGGUGCAGCGGCGCUGGUUGCAAGGUUGGGGCUGUUUCUCCUAGCUCGUGUUGUUGUCUUUGCGUUUGUGGACUGACAGAGGUGAUGGGCGACUGCCGAACUGGUAGGGCGGUGCCUUGUAAAAGGGAAGAGAAGGUAUUUGAAGCUUGGAGGUUGCAUUUAAGCUUUGGCAGUAGUGGUGUUGUGGCCUCUUCCGUUAACGCUGAUGAAUUGGCAAAAGAUUCGGGACUGUCCUGCGCAGUAGUGCUGGAGGGGUUUUGUGCACUUUUGGGAGCCUUUUUUCAUGGGUUAUGCGGACAAAUCUGCGAGCUUUUUACGUGCAUCUUGCGCUCUCGCUCCUGUGGGGCAGCGUUCGAAGACCGUACCUCAUAGCUCGAGUACGGUAAAGAGACUGGACCUGCAAAAGAAGGUUAGGCAUGCAAGGACUGUGCUUUCUUGACAUUUCACAUGCUUGCGACCUGAGCCAUGGGUCGCCCAAGCCAGGACGACACGCCUUCUGAAGCGGAGCUUGUUCAAGUGAAACCCGCUAGGAAGGCUCAAAUCCUUGCUUGCAAAGUGCGUUGGUGGGAGGGAGUUGGGUCUCGUGCGGAACCGGUGUCCCUGACGGCCUCUUGGGGGUCGUUCAUACACGGCCUCUGCUGCGUCCGAAGGAGAGAACGUCGGACUCCCCAGGCCUCCACCCUGUGCCGACGCUCAUGUACAUACCGGUAGCAUUUUUGGA